UUUGCUUUAUUGGGCAUCAGACUUGCAGCUGUCAGAUAGACAUCUCACUGAUUUCAGAGUGGGCAUGUGGGGUUGGUCCCUCAGUAGAGUUCUGGGCACAGGACAAAGUUUGCCCAAAGCAGACAUCUGAAGAACUGUCAUCCAGUCGUGAUUCGAGCCUUACUAAUGCACCGGUGCAAAGCAAGCUAGUAUCUUCCUUCCAGCAGCACACAAAGAAAGCACUUAAGCAGGUAAGCUUGUAUUGACUGAUAAUCAAUUGGCUUCCCUUUAGCAUGUGUUUCAGUCUUAUACAAAUAAGAUCUCAGCAGAUUUUCAAGGCAUUUCUCGGGAUUUUUAGUGCUUUUUUAAGUGGUGUAUUGCUGGGUUUUUUUUCUUUUUCUUUUUUCGUGAUGGGUGCAGUCCUGCCAUUUGUUGUGAGUUUGAUGUUUUUUCAAGUGCUUUUCAAGUAAGCAGAAUUGUUUAUAUUAUCACAUCCCUGCUUUUCCUAUGUAAGCGUUUGUGCUGGAAAUUCUAUGUGAGGCUUAAAAUAAAUAAAUAAAUAAAUAAAAACAUUUUUAAUUUCUGCAGAUAGGUAAGAAUCUGGGUAUACUUGCAGUUCACUUUUUCUUUAUGGUCUGUUAAGUAGUUUUUCUUUCACACUGUGUUUGACACUACUGUGUGUAAAAGUGGAGUAGUUUUUGCAUUUUGAAUAAGUUAUGAUUUGGGUGAUUUAGGUUGCAUGAUAAGUAGUAAAGCUUGGCAAAAGUGGCUGAUUAUUGAAAGUCAGAUAUUAACUAAAAGCUUAACAAUGUCAAAAUUAUUUUCCAACAAUUCCGUAUUAGUUAAACUUGCAGCCGGGCAAAUGAAAAAUUAAAAAAUUAUAACAAAAAAAAAUCAUUAUCUCCUUUCAAUUUUCAAUAUGUAGGAAUUGCUUUAGUCUUGUAAAGACUACAAAAAAAUGAAAUACAACUUUUCUGAAGUGUCAGCAUAACAAGAUGAUGAUGUUUUAAUUUUUCUCGUAACUCUUCUCUUAGUUAUAGUUAAUGGAAGUCCAGCAUUUCAUGCCAGGUUGUUGAUUUAAACUUCAGUUAAGCAAAAUCUGUCCACAUUUCCUCGAAACACUUAAGUAUUUGUGCUUAGUUUUUCAUGCGGUUGGAGUUUAAAUCCACUAAAAUUAAUAGACCUUUAUGAUUCACCUAAGGUUAUCUUGUACUCAGAGGCUUUGAGGACUGGAAAAGAUUGUUAGAUUGGGUCUCACAUCUGUUUGGUCAGGAGAACCAAGCAGUGGGUACAAAGCAGCUCACUAGCUGUGUGGACAGUUGUGAAAAAGACAGGUUUUGAAAAGUCUUAUAAACAGAUCCUUUGCAAUACAUGAACCUUCUUAGGGGUAGAGGGAGCGGGCAAAGGGAAAGGAGGGGGGAAAAAGAGCAAAGCCACAGAUAUUUGAACUUGUAUAACUGUUCUACCAUUUGUCACUUAGCAGAUAUAUAGCAUGGAGAAUAAUUUUUAAAAGGGCAAAUUAAUCGGAAUAGCUUAAUUAAUAUAAAAAGUCAUAACAUUGAUGGAAGUCUUUGAAAACAUUCCCUAAGGCAGUAGGGUUAGAGCAACAUCAGAAAGUUAAGCAAUCGAUAAAAAGAAAUUAGUUUUAAUUAAUUUGAUGGUAAUUAGAUCCUGUACUUCAGUGUAUGAGAAUAUUAUUACAGCUAUCAGUAAAAUAUUUUCUCUGUUCAGAGUAUUAGACAAAUGGACAUUUGUAUUGUGGCACAAUGGAGGAUUUUUUCUUUGUUUUCUGUAAAGCUUCAGGUGUUGCUUACUGCUAUAUACAUGCUGCAGAUUUGAUUUAAUUUGAUAUUUUAGCAGAGUUGAAUAAACUUUAACAGUGAUUUUAUUUAUAAAAUUGCUGUUGGAAAUUUAUUCUUUCACUUUCCAAUCAUUCCAUUGCUUUUAUGGAUACAUACUACAUAAUUUGUACAAAGAAUCUGUAGCACCUUUGAAUGCACAAGACACUUUAGACAGUUGUAUGCAGUGCUCCUCCAACUGAUACUGACUUACUGGUUCCAUGCUAAAGUACCAGAAGAUGAGCCAUCAUCAUCCUCCCAGCAGGUGCUUAUACUAUAUAAACAUCUAUAUACUAUAUAUAUGUUGUAAUGGUGUCUUCCCUAGCUACUGCAUUUUUUCUAUUACUGAACAGUCUUCACAGAAUGAAAACCUACAAGAUAGUCUUUCAAACAGUGGGUUCUUCACAUUAACUUGAUCUUGUGUGUAUUUGUUUUGUAAUCCAUUAAAAUUAAAGUGAGAGGCAAGUUGAUAAUGUGCAGUACUGCUUGAAGAUCUGACCUAGAAUUAGAAGAUUUUUCUCCACUGUUUAUCUACUUACUAACCAGUCUAGUCAUAUGUAAUUAAAGUGUUAUGUGCUGGAUUUAUGUAUGAUUUGAUUUUUAAUGAAUUCUAGAGGUAUAUUCCUGGGUUUAGAUUACAAAGAACAAUCUCAGGUUUCCUUGUAACAGCCUGCAUUUUAGGAUGUUCUCAUGGAUCAAGCUAGUGUCACAACACUGCAUUUCUUGAGCUAUGCUAGGAGCUUGGAGGUAAGGGUGUUUUCUGAGACCUGGCUCUUGGUCUUGAUUCCUCUCAGGUAGCAGUGGAUCUGGGGUGCUUUGCAGGGGCUAAGGAGGUUUGUAGUUGCAGUGGACUCUCACAGGAUCAUGUCACAGUUCAGACCUUAUCUCCCCAUCUUUCAAAGGCUGGGCUGCCAUUUUGGUCCGGAAACUUUCUAGCUUCACCACCUUCCAUAGUGUCCUUGUUGGGAGAAAGGUUUUGAGUGUUUUACUGGUGAGUGUGUUUCACGCUUCUUUUUAAUUUUGGAGGGAGUUUCAGUUUUUCCUCUUUUAUAGUAUCUGAGUGUAAUGUCCAAAAUACUAGUUCCCAUUCACAAGGGUUGAGACAAGAGUCUAUGGUGUAGAGCUGCAUUUUAUGCAUGGCUUUCUGAUGGCAGAUUUUACAGAUUUCUGUUUCCCUUUUGCUGUUGGAAGUGCUUGGGUAUGUGUGCCCAGCUGUUGCUGAUCUAGUACCUUUGAAAAGAAGGUUUAUGGCAUGCUGUCACACACUUGAUUUCCUAUCAGUACUGAUCAGUUCCAUACUGAUUUACCUCAUUUUCGCACACGAAAGUUUUGGCAUGCAGACCCAUGUAAGCACCUCUUCCUGGGAAGGUACUGAACUACAUCUGCAUCUGCUAGCAGUGGUACAUGGUCACACUACUGUGUGAAUUAUUCUUGGUCUGGACAAGGCUAACUCAAGUACGGACAUCAAGUCAUGGCAUAGUAUCUACCAUGCUCCUUUCUGGUCCAGUUUCUGUUCCAUUGACUUGAGGUGAUACUUUUUUUGGAAGUCUUCGCUAUGUACAGAUUUGUCUGUAUCUAUCAAGCUGUUCUUGGAACAUUUCUCAGAAGAAACGGUUAUACCUGCAAACUGGCCUCACAUAGGUAACACUGAGCAUAUGUGAAUAUCCAGGACAUUGAGGUGGUAUUAGUGUCUGUUGGACUCUGAUAGCCAAGUAUAACACCUUGUCCAUCAGUGUACCAGUUGUUUCCUGGGGCGGUACCAAGAGAGGAUAAAGAACUUGAAGAUGCACUCUAACGAUGUCUGGGAUGAUAGUAGACCUCCCAGACAUGGAAGAAAAUCCUGCCUCACUUUUGGCACUUUGGAAUCAGCACCAAGAAGGGUACCCAUAAAUUUUCUGUUGGGAGAAGAGAAGGAUACUCCAUUCAGACUCAGGAUCUGAAUACAGACCAGGACAUGUCUGAGACUGUGCUGGGCAUCCAGAUCUCUUUGUAGAGACAGAAACUCCAGAGACAGCAGCCAAGUGGGUUUGGGAGGAGAGAAGCUCAGGAAAUAAGGGAAUCUACACAAGAUGCUACAAAUUUACCAAGGCCACAGUUGGAGAAUUCUGGCUCCCUAGCUGAAGCAUUUGAUCAGAAGUCUGGCCCCAUAAGUGAUGAUUCUUGACAAAUUUUCCUGUCAACAAAUGGAAAGCAAGGAAAACGUGUUGGUUUUUGACUUCUAGAGAGACAUGGGAAGGGACAGUGGAAUUUACAAAAUGCACUCAGGAAAAUGGAAGUUCGAAGAUGGUUAAACUGAUUUUCUGAUUGCCAAGACAAGUCUAGGGAAGAGGACAGAGAAACUAUGGCAGGGAGACUGCAUAAUGGGGAAAAGAAGCUGGAAGAGCAGGAGCUCUUCAGGGAGUACAUGCAUUGCCCGAAGGCAGGCUGCACGGCUUUAAGACAACAGCAGAAAAGAAGAAAUGGAGUCUCAAUGAUGGUAAACAAGACUGUUCCUCGUGUUGUUUUGACACCAUUAAAGGUGUCUGAUGAGCAGUCGGAUUCACCUUCAGGAUCUGAAUCUAAAAAUGGUGAAGCAGAUGGUUCUGAUAAAGAGAUGAAACUUGGGCAAAAGUCGCCAACUGGAAAACAAACAAGCCAGCACUUAAAGAGGUUAAAAAAAUCUGGUUUAGGACAUUUGAAAUGGACCAAAGCUGAGGAUAUUGACAUAGAAACACCAGGAUCUAUUCUAGUGAACACUAACCUGAGGGCUUUAAUAAAUAAACACACCUUUGCUUCUUUACCUCAGCAUUUUCAACAAUACCUCCUGCUUUUGCUUCCAGAAGUAGACAGGCAGAUGGGAAGUGAUGGAGUUUUGCGCCUCAGUAGUUCUGCUCUAAAUAAUGAAUUCUUUGCAUACGCAGCACAAGGGUGGAAACAGCGAUUGGCAGAAGGAGAAUUUACACCAGAAAUGCAGUUGCGCAUCAGACAAGAGAUUGAAAAGGAAAAGAAAACAGAACCUUGGAAAGAAAAAUUCUUUGAAAGGUUUUAUGGUGAAAAACUGGGAAUGUCAAGAGGGGAAUCAAUGAAACUCACUGCAGUGCAGAACAAUGAAGAUGAGAGCAAUUCUUUGUGUGGAUCUUCUGGCACACCUGGUCCUUCUAAGCAGGCAACCUUUCAGGACCAAGAAGAGAAAGGUGCUAAAAUUGCACCUUUACCAGAGAGAGAUUAUUGUCCACCUCUUUGUAGUAUGGAACAGGUUCCUGUCAAGGAUCUAACGGCAGACUCAGAGGAUAUCCUGAUACCUGAAGAAUCACUCAUUCAGGAGGAGAUUGCUGAAGAGGUUGAGACAAGUAUUUGUGAAUGCCAGGAGGAGAACCAUAAAACAGAACAUGUUGAGUUUUCUGAGGAGUCAGUAAGUCCAGCUGGCACAAAUGAAGAAGCGGCGGCAGUACAGCUCGCAGACAGCACUGAGUCCUGUGUCAUGAUGAAUGAUGUAACUGAUACUGUAUCUCACAUUGAAAUUAAAGUGGAGUUGAAGUCAGAAUGCCCUCAGGAGGAGAUGUCAGUUGUGAUAGAUCAGCUGGAGGAUUGCGUAUCACCGGCACAAUCAGCUUCAUCCACAAACUCUGUCAGUGAUACAGCAGAGAAGGAUUCUGAGUCUGCAAAAGAGCUAAUUGCACCAGAAAUGCAAAGUGCUGCUUUGGAAGGCUCCUUAUUCACUGGUGGAGGCAUUGCGGUGGAUAUGGAGCUUCAAAGUGACCCUGAGGAACAGUUGUCUGAGAAUGCUUGUAUUUCUGAAACUUCCUUUUCCUCUGGAAGUCCAGAAGGACCAUGUGUUUGUAUUGCCUCUCCUGGAGGAGACACUCAGUCGACUUCAGAGGAACCCUGUACUCCAGCAUCUCUUGAAACAGCUUGCUCAUCUGAAGUGUCCAGUACUGAAAACAUUGAAGGUGAUAUUCAGCAAAAGGCCAGUGAUGAAAACUUGCACACGCCUUUAAUGUCAGAAAUCUCUCCAAUGUCCACCUCACCUGUAACCUCAGAAGCAUCUCUGAUGUCAAAUUUACCUUUAACAUCAGAGGCAUCACCAGCUUCUAAUUUACCUUUAACAUCAGAAACAUCUCCGAUGUCUGAUUUGCCUUUAACAUCAGAAACAUCUUCAGUAUCUUCUGUUCUUCUAACUUCUGAAACUUCCAUGGCAAAUAGUUUGCCUCUUCCAUCAGAGACAUCUCCUGUUUCUAAUUCCCCAAGCAAUGAAAGACUUAUUCUGCAACAAAGGAAAUCACCGUGUUUGUUGGAAGACUCCCUUCCCACUUUGAAAGAAGAAAGCUCUGCCAUUCCUAAGGUGGUUCAAGAAGAGAAUCUUGUUCAGCCAAAGCAACUUCAGAGUGUCCCUGAAAAUAUAAAAGUUUGUCCACUAACAAUUAUACCUGAUACUUCAGUAUUGGAAGAGCCCCAAAGCAAAAACCUCAGUCAUCAGCCAUGUAAGUCACAUUCUGAAAUUGAGAAAUCCUACAUUGCAUCCAUCCCAGAACACUCUCCUCCAGAGGUGAUCAAAAUUAAAAAUCACAGUGUUCAGCAGAGAGGUGACAAGAAAGGUACACUCUUGCCAUCAGAGGUAGCUGUCUUAUCAGAAGGAUCAGUUGGCAAAAAUACUGAAUUGCUUCCAUCAAAGCCACAUGAUAAACUAUAUACCUCAUCUCUAGAGAAAGCUACAUUCUCUGAAGUGUGCAGAAGUAAAUCUCACAAGCUAACAGGCAGCACCCAAAGCCGUCUAGAGAGUUCACACUCUUCCAAGUCAUUAGAACCCACAAAAUCACCCGAAGUGAGGAAUGAUAGAGACCCAGAGAUCCCAAAGAGGAAGACCGCAGAACAGCACAGUUUUGGAAUCUGUAAAGAGAAGAGAGCUAGAAUAGAUGAUGAUCAGCCCAACCGUACUGCUUCAUCAACAAGUCCACCUGAUAAAGAUCAGCCACCCAGAGAAGAACCCCGAGUUCCACCCCUUAAGAUUCAGCUUUCAAAAAUUGGACCACCUUUUAUCAUCAAGAGCCAGCCUGUUUCUAAACCAGAACCUCGAGUUUCCCCAAGUACAUCGGUCAGCAGUGGGAGAAACACUGGGGCUAGAACUCUUGCAGAUAUCAAAGCAAGAGCUCAGCAAGCAAGAGCCCAAAGAGAAGCUGCAGCUGCAGCAGCCGUGGCAGCAGCUGCGAGCAUUGUCUCUGGAGCAAUGGGGACCCCAUGCGAAGGUGGGAAGACAAGAACACUGGCACACAUCAAGGAGCAAACAAAAGCCAAGCUCUUUGCAAAGCAUCAAGCCAGAGCUCAUUUACUGCAGACUAAUAAAGAACCAAAGUCGCAGUUCAGCUCAAAGGAAAGUACCUCAUCGCUGGAGAUACCAACUUCUGCUGACACAAAGAUUGAAGGUUCUACUGGUGUCAUUAUAGUUAAUCCUAACUGCAGGUCCCCUAGCAACAAGUCUGCUCAUCACCGUGAGACUACGACUUUAUUGCAGCAGUCACUUAACACAGCUACAUUACCAGAAACUGCUACUGAGAUAUCUGUGCACAGUUCUGAUGAAAAUAUACCUAUGCCACAAUUGUGUGAGAAAAUUAUUUCAUCUACCUCUACUGAAAGUAACGGUGUGCCAGUGCUUUAUAAUAAAAGUUCAGUCUCUGUGUCUGUUUGCAGCACUGCUAUGUCUGGAGCAAUUAAAGAACUUUCUUUUGCAAGUUCUGUUGAUAAAUCCUCUGUUUUAAUGUCUGUUGACAGUGCAAACACAGCAGUUUCAGCUUGUAAUAUAAAUAUGCUGAAAACCAUCCAAGGGGCUGAUACUCCAUGCAUAACCAUUGGACCAAAAUGUAUUGAUAACAGUAAUGUACCAGUCUCCAUAGACAGUACAGUCUUACCAAAUGCCAUCGAUGACAAAAGGUUGCCGAUACCAAGUAACAAUGCGAAUAACACAGUCUCCAGUCAUUAUGCCACUGUGCCAGCUUCAUCUAUUGCAAAUAACUUGCCAAAUCAUCUCUCUGGUAGUUCUGUACUGAUUCCCCCGGUGGGGACUACCAACAGAUUUUCUUCUGAUAAGAUAGCCAUAACUGGGUGUAACGAACAAAGCACUGUCUCCAUUCACACUACUGUUAGGUCAGCUUUAAGUUGCAGUGAGGCCCUUGCAGUAGCAGAUGCUGUUGCAAGGCCACCCAUUUCAAUGUUUACUGGUAACAUGGUGACAAUAAGCUCUUAUGAUAAUACUACUAAAUUAAAUGCUGAUCUCUUAGAAAAAAGCUCUGGAGCACGAAACCGACUGGAUCUCUCUGGUAAAUCUCAGCCAGUGAGCUUUACACAAACUGCCAUGAAUAGGUCUAUUCCUUGCAAAGUCAUUGUUGACCACACUACAAAUCUGAAUUCCAGUCUGUCACUUUCUUCUUCUGUUGAAAAUGCAGAGAACAGCAUUGACCUGCAGAGCAGACCUGUAAGGACAGAAGCUGCCUUACAAAGUAUAGCCUGUCCUCAGGUGUCUGUCAUAAGCAGGCCUGAAGUGGUCUCCAGUGAAAGCCUUGAGCACAGUUCCAGCUUUAUCACCAUCACAGCAAAGCAAGACAGCAAGAACUUGCAGGCAGGUUGUUCAAGUCUUCGAGAAGUGCCUCUUGCUCCUCAAGACAAAUUAAUUGAGGUGGUUACUCCCAGCCAAGGUUUUACUGAGCAAUUAAGAGGUCCUUCAGCACUGAAAAAUGAAGCAGAUGCUGCCUGUGCCAGUCAGUAUAGCGCUAACAAUAGAAUUUGUUGGCAUGAUGAAGAGGCAAUGAGUACAGACCAGCCAGUGGUCAGCCAUCUUAACUCCGGUAAGCAUAAGGAAUAUGCAGAGCAAAACUGCUUAAAAAAUGUCAAAACCGAACCUUCCAGUUACACACAAAUGUCAGAGCUGCAAUCCAGGAGUCUUCUGACGAGCAUUGCUGUUCCUCUUAAAUCGGAAGCUAAUGAGUCUGACAAGUGCUUCAGGAUGGACACCGAGGAUUUUACAGGACCUGAAAUGCCUGCCCAGACUGCAGAAAUAGCCACGAGUGCGCAGCCACCACAGACCUCCAAGACAUCCAUCGCGGACUCCAUGGAAGACUCCCUGUCCCUGACAACAGAAACCCUAAAGAGAGUCACCAGUGCCGGAGGCCCUGGCUGUCGCUUGUCGUCAGUGGAGGCCAACAAUCCUUUGGUGACACAGUUACUGCAAGGCAAUCUGCCUUUAGAGAAAGUGCUGCCGCAGCCCAGAUCAGGAGCCAAACUAGAAAUUAACAGGCUUCCCUUGCCUUUGCAAACUACCUCAGUAUGUAAAACAGCAGUGUCCGAGAGAAAUAUUGUUGAACAUCCUUCCAGCUCUCCUAAUCCAGAUGGUAAAGGAUUUACAGCAGGCAGCAUAGCCCCGCUACAAAUCCGAAGGCGUGAAAACCAUCCGAAAAAGAGGAUGGCCAGGACUGUAGGGGAACAUGCUCAAAUUAAAUGUGAACCUGGGAAGGUGUCAAUGGACACAGAUGUUAAAGUGGCUCCUUGUGUAAUUAGUUCCAGCAUGAAUCAGCUAGGGCAUGGCCAGCUAUUUAAGCAGGAGUGGCUGAACAAACAUGCCAUUCAGAGCCGGAUCGCUCACAGCCCAGAGAUCAAGCAGCAGAAGAGGCCGUUGCCUUCAUGCAGUUUCCAGCAGAGCUUAUUUCAUGUUGAUAAAAAUGGCAGCUUUCAUGCAGAAGCUAGUACCUCACAUAGACAGCAUUUUUACCAAAUGUCCAUGGCUGCAAGAGGCCCCAUUCCUACAGCAGCUUUGUUGCAAACUACUUCAAAAGGCCCACCCGGCUGCAGCGCAUUUGCUUUUAGCAGACACCUGGAACAGAAGGGCUUGGGAGACGUGAAUAUUUCUUCUACAGCAGCUCACCAGCUGAGGCUAGGAAGUGUGUUUUCCCCUAAUAUUCAAAUUAAGGAAGGUGAUGACAUUGCCAGUGCCUCUCAGACUCUGCAGACUAAAACGUUAGUGCAUCCCCCCCCUCCUCCUCUGCCCCUGCCGCCCCCUCCCCCGCCUCACCCAAAUGCAGAAGUCCCCUCUGAUCAAAAACAACCGACAGUUACUAUGGAAACCACUAAAAGACUUAGUUGGCCUCAGCCAGCAAGCAUCUGUAGCAAUAUAAAAUCGGAACCUAUUUCUUUUGAGGAAGGUUUAAGCAGCAGCUGCGAACUGGGCAUGAAACAAGCUUCCUAUGAUCAGAAUGACGUGAAAGAACAGUUAAAAGCAUUUGCAUUAAAAAAUGCAGAUUUCUCUUCCUAUUUACUCCCUGAGCCACAGAAGCCUUUUACCCAGCUCGCUGCUCAGAAAGUACAGGCGCAGCACCCGCAGCAGCAGCAGCAGCAGCAGCAGCAGCAGCAGCAGCAGCAGCAGCAACAGCAGCAGCUCUGUGGAAAUUAUCCAACAAUACACUUUGGUAGCACAAGUUUCAAAAGGGCGGCAUCUGCAAUUGAGAAAUCGAUUGGGAUUCUAGGAAGUGGCUCAAAUGCUGCCACAGGCCUGUCUAACCAGAACGUGCAGAUCCCGGUUCAGAAAUUUGCUGACAGUAGCAAUGCCGAUGAACUGGAACUGAAAUGCUCUUGCAGGCUGAAAGCCAUGAUCGUGUGCAAAGGCUGCGGAGCCUUCUGUCAUGAUGACUGCAUAGGGCCUUCCAAACUGUGUGUAGCUUGUCUGGUUGUACGGUAGGAACUGAAUCAAAGGUGCAGUAUCCCUUAUCAGCAUGGGAGCUCAGGACAAAAGAACGGAGAAAUUGGAGCAGUGUAGGCCACUAAUGGUUUGCAAUUAGUUGAUUGAUUAUUUUUUUUUAAUUGUUGGGGUUUUUUUCUUCCACAUGCUUUAGUUAUUCCUGCCUGAGUGCCAUUUUCUGGGAAGAAGAGGAAACCUGUAGAAGUAGUUUCAAAAGAUAACCUUGUUACUGAAGCUCCUAUGAGCUCUCUUGCAGUGCUAAAAAAAAAAGGCAUUAAUGCAUGUCAUUCGUAGCUUCUAUUUAUUUGCACAAAGUGCAGCACAUUUUUUCUCCACUUUUUGAUAGUUGAAACAAACUGCAGGUUAAAGAUCGGUGGACAAAUAACUCUGCAAAAAGUGGAGUAACUAUGCAGAAUGAGUAACACACUGAAUAGUGACUGUUUUGAGUGGGGUAGUGUUGAGGUGUGGGAUAUCGGCCAUUGUAGCUUCUAAAUCAGUUUGCAGUUUUUCUACUGAUAGGAUUGUUUUCUUCAAUUGACUUUCAUUAUCUAGGGCUGAAAUAUUGUCACUUCACCUAGGAAAAAAAAAAAA